AUGCCCUCGAUCCUCAUCAUCAACCCCAAUUCGUCGCAGUCCGUGACCCACGGACUCAAGGACAUUCUUGACCCGCCCCACGACUUCACCUUCAAGUUUUUCACCUGUCCUUCCACCGGCCCAGACUCCAUCAACGACUACACCACAGGCACCUUGUCGGCAGCAGCAUGUCUUCCAGCUUUACUUCCAGUGCUCGACCAGCACGAUGGAUUCCUGGUGGCGUGUUUUUCCGACCAUGCGCUCGUCAACAUUCUUCGUGAACACACGAAUCGGCCAGUUAUGGGCAUCUUCCAGGCCGCCAUUCUGCACUCUCUCAGUCUCAAUAUGAGCGUGGGACUGCCAGAUACAGGCAAGUUUGCCAUUGUCACAACCGGCAGUCAGUGGGAACCUGUACUGGAUCAGGCUGUGGGCCGUUACGUGCCUGCAAACACCUUUGUGGGCACAUUUGGCACCGGGCUGGGAGUGCUGGAACUGCAUCAGGCUGACACCUCGCUGGUCAACGAGAGAAUCGCACAGGCCACCCUGGCGGCUCUAGACAAGGGGGCCACGGUCAUCUGUCUGGGGUGCGCUGGUAUGGCAGGCAUGGAGGACGUGAUCAGCUCGGUGGCUCCCCAUGUCAAGGUUGUGGAUGGAGUGGUUGCAGGCUGCGAGAUUCUCGUUGGUCUCGUGAGAACCUACUAUGAUUAG